AUGGCUAAAUUAGUUUAUGCAUUUCUUCUAAUGGCUGUCACAACUCUUGUGAUCCAACAUGUUUAUGCUGGAGGAGAAGGAUCUCUUCAACCCAAUGAGUGUGCGGGAGCAUGUAAUGUGCGAUGUUCAGCAAGUUCAUACAAGGAGAGAUGUUUAGAGUAUUGUAACAUUUGUUGUGCAAAAUGUUUAUGUGUUCCAUCUGGAACAUCUGGUAACAAGGAAGAAUGUCCAUGCUAUAAUGACUUGAAAAAUGAUAAAGGAGGACCCAAGUGUCCCUAGUUUUUUUUAUGGUUUAUGCAUGCAUAGAUCUAUGUGAAUGUAUUUCUCUGAAAUAUGAUUAUUAAUAAAA